UUGAAUAGUAGUUUGUAGAUCUAAUCACACUUUAGUAUGGUUGUUGAUGUUGUUGGGGCCUUGUCCAAUGUCAUUUGCUGAUUCACGACAGAGCACGCUAUCAGACAUUCUGUCGUUACUCUUCACCGAGGAAAAACAAGGACCAGAAUCUAGACUCUAGAGACUGCUGUUUAGGCUUAGCCUAAGGCUUAGGAACAAAAAAAGGAGACACAGUCAAAGGAUACUUGAUCUUCAUUCACAAAGGAACUUACAUUACAAGCUACUGCGAGACUGGCACUAUGAACGACUAUUUGAGAUAUGGGUUCAGGCUUCUUAUCUUCAUCAUCACUAACUUGUACGCCUUCCCAACCUACAUGGUAUGGAUGACACUUCUGACUCCGCUGCGCCUCCUGGCUCCAAAAACCUACUGGUGGAUGGAGGCCCACAUGUUCAAGAUGCUGGAGUGCAUGGUGAUCACAUGGUGUGACUCUGGCGGCUACAAAGUCAUUGAAUGCGGUGACGACAUUGGACUGCUUCACGACAAAGAGGCCAUUGUCCUGAGUAACCAUCAGUCCACAGGAGACACGCCUAUUCUCUUCCUGGCCAGCUACCUCAAGGGUCUGGCUUGUGGCACCACCAUGUGGAUCAUGUGGAUCCUCUUCAAGUUCACCAACUUUGGCCUCGUUUCUGUUCACCGAGAGGACUUUUUUAUUGACCAGGGCAAAGAGACUCGCCAACUUCAGCUUGAGAAUUUGAAGAAGCAUUUGAAAGAGUCAUACCUCCCCCAUGACCGUAAAUGGAUUAUAGUAUUCCCAGAAGGAGGGUUUCUGUACAAAAGGCUCGAGUCUAGCCAAAGGUACGCCCGAGCCAAUGGAUAUCCAGUGCUGCAGCAUGUUACACUGCCCAGGGUUGGGGCAGUAAAAGUGAUUCUUGAUACCAUCGGGGAACCCUAUGAUCCUGUAUCCUCGAGCACAACUGAGGAAGGUGGCCCUGUCCUCUCACCGGAGGCUGCUAAUGUCACCAGCGACCAUCAGCUUGCGGACGACCAGUUACCUCUUAAAUGGAUUAUUGAUAUCACGAUCGCCUACAAAAAUGGAAAGCCUUUGGAUUUUUUAGGAAUGUGCAUAGGGUAUAACCCUCAGGAGGAUGUCCUUCUCCAUUACAAAGCUUAUCGUGCGAAGGAUAUCCCCCGCGAUGAAGAGGCCUUGACCUCCUGGUUGUACGACCGCUAUUGUGAGAAGGAUGCGCUCCUAGAUUACUACUACAAGCAUGGGGAGCUCUCAGAAGAAGUUCUCAGCAGUAGGAGAAUUUUGCCGCAUCUACGGACAUCGUACAUUCGUUUCGAUGUGCUCCAGCAGAUUCUGAUACAUCUCUUUUUCAUAAUGUCGUGUUAUGUCCAUUACUCUUUUCUUCUAAAGCCUUUUCUGGGCCUGUGCUCCUCAGUUUUAAGCUUUGUCUUUUAAGACAAAAGAUGUCGUCUUUUUGGGUUUUGUUUUUAUAAUAAGUCGAUCAAGCAUUACAAUUCUUGUUUUGUUGGUUGGUCUACAGCUUAUGUUUAUAAGGAUGUUUAUCUUACUAGCCAGUAGAAGAGAAAAAUGGUCAGGAGACUGAAUUUUUUUCGGGUUGUUUUGUUUUCCAGACUGUGUUUUUGACAUGAGACAGUGUAUUGUGUGUAAAGUAACUUCUGAGACAGUUACAAUAUGUAUGUCUCUCGUAAUAUAUCAUAAGGGAAGGCAUUUUUCUUCUGUCAGAGAAAGAAAUUUCGAAAUCAGGGAGUUGUACUUUUAGUUUGAACAUCCCUCAUUUAAAAAAAAAAUUUUAUUAGAAAGAUGGAGAAAAUGAGAUCAAUUUUUGUCAUCUUUGACUUCCAAAUCAAUGACGAUGACAGCAAUGGGCCAAUGCCCAAUGCAAAAUGUGAGUCCUUAUUUAUUUGACGUUUUACAAUCGUCUUGCUUCCGAGAAUUGAUGUGUUUGUGUAGUUGGUCGUCUCGACACAUGAUCACAAGACAAUUUCUGACUCUCUCUCUCUCUCUCUCUUUCUCUCUCUCUCUCUCUCUCUCUCUCUCUCUCUCUCUCUCUCUCUCUCUCUUUCUCUCUUAUUCCCCAACCCAGUCCCUCAAGUGUGUACAGUAUAUAUAUUUCAGUUUUAACAUUCCUUACUUUGUAACUAACUUCAGCGCAAGCUCAGAUCACUUCACUUACACGUACAGUGCAGCUGUUGUUGUGGGCUUUGCAAACCCAAGUUUUUAGAAAGAUACAAUUUAUUUUUGUUAUUAGGAGCGUUACUAAUGUUUCUUCAAAUUUGUUCAUCUUGCUGACGGGACAAUAAUAGCCAUAUAUUUAAUCAUAUAUAGCCUUUUAAACUUGUUUUGUAGUUUUUAGAAUCUGAGAAUAUUGUCUGAAUGACAAAUUGCUCUUUUUUGUUUUUAAUGUGCAACUGUUACCUGCACGUUUUUUCCUCUGCCUGGGUCCAGAGUCAGGACCUUUGGUAUGUGAGCCAAAAAUAGCAUAUCUAGACACUUAGAAGGGCCUACAAAUAGUGACUCCACUUUCAGAUCUGUGCUGUUUAGUCCCUUGACCUGUUUUCCUGCAUUCUAAGUGAUUCACAAGAACACGGACGCAUCAAACCUAAUGAACAUCGUGAACGUUUGCCCGCUCAUGAUGUGCAUAUUUGUUCUAAUCUAUCUUUCACGACUUUCAGAUCUGUAAAUUCACCUCGGUCUUUUUGUACUGCCCUGCAAUGUAAUGCCAGUCCCAUUUUCUUCUGUUUUUCCAUAGUGUUCAAAAUUAAUGACUCCGUUAAAUGCUGUACUAACUCCUUCGUCAUUUUUUUACGCCAUAAUUCCCCCCUUUUAAUAGACUGAAACAGUGACCCCCAUUGAUGCCAGGGAUAACUUUUGCUUUCUUCUCUCUCUAAGGACGCAGCAGACACAUACGUCCGAUCACCAGGAGACCAAAGACAAUUUUGCGGCAUGUUUCAAACCAUUUCGCACAAAUCAGAAAUACGAAUUAUUUUUCCUAGUACGCAUGUUGAAGCCUAACUUUUUAAAGUUUUCAGGCAAUGGAAAGCACAACUGAAUAAUCUGUGUGAAUUAUGCUGCUUCUUUUUUAAAGUGUUUUAAAAAAAUAGCACAUUUUUACACUUUGUAGAAUGUGGGUCGUUUGUUGGGUGCUGUGGGAUGGUUUGCUCCUUCUUACUUAUUAAACAUUUAUUGCCCUUA